CCUUGACUUAAACACGGAAGUAGGAUUGGAAACGAGUUUACAUUUUCUAGUAUAGAAACACAUACUGACUGAACUGAAUUGGCUACACAAAACUCAUUUGUCUGAAAAUGUCUGAACUACAAUUGUUGCGUGUGUUUUUAAAUGACCGUUUAACGGCGGCUGCUGUGGAGAUUUUCGGGGCAGUUGAGAAAACGGUGGUGGAGUACCAGGAGGAGAAUAAUCGGCUACGGAGACUGCUGCGGAUCACACCGGAGAUACAACUAUGUAAAAUAGACUCACUGCAGCCCUCUGUCUCUGUGUCUGAAGAGGACGUUCCCCCUGAGCAGCAGCACUGUGAGCAGGAGUGGAGCCCCAGUCUGGGGCAGAAGGACCCAGAGACCACACAGAUUAAAGAAGAACAGGAGGAACUCAGGACCAGUGAGGAGGAAGAGCAGCUUCAAGGGCUCUUUGAUACGAAUUACUCCAUAUUCACUACUUCCUGUUUGAAAAAUGAAUGUGAUCAGGAGGACCCACUUCAGUCCUUGACUCUUCCCCAAACCAAGACUGUGGAUAACAGAGAGCGUGAAUCUGAACCAGUGGAUCCUAAACCUUUUGGCACUGUGACCCACCUAAGGGGUCUGGACAUUCCCUGUUACCCUCCAUAUACUCAGAACAAUGCCUCCAGCCACAGUUCAGCCAUAAGCAGUGACCCAGUAGGACUUGACAGCAGUCUACCAUUUGAUCUCAACCCACCAUUUGAUCUCAACCCACCAUUCGGGGAAAACUCUUCCAAACUCAGCACCACAUCUAGAAUAACUCACCACUGCCGUGACUGUGGUGAAAUGUUUGCUCUGAAAGCUGACCUGCAUAGGCAUGUGACUCUCCCCAAGAAGAGACCCUGCGAAUGCAGCUUCUGCAAAAAACGCUACAACUCCACCUGUAAACUGAAGGCCCAUGUCCGACUCUGUCAUGGUGGGAAACACUGCACAUGCCCCUUUUGUGGCAAGACCUUCAAACAAAAAGGACAUCUGUCCACUCACAUGAGAAUCCACACAGGAGAGAAACCAUUUACCUGUGGUUACUGUGGGAAGAGCUUUAUUCAGAAGGGGGACCUAAGGAGACAUAUCCUGACUCACACAGGAAAGAAACCAUUUAGCUGUGGUUACUGUGGUAAAGGCUUCAUUCGCAAAGAGCACCUAACUGCGCAUAUACGGACUCACACUGGAGAGUAAUCACAUGCUACUUACAUGGUCUGUGGUAAAAAAUAUUAAUUCAGGAGGUAAACCUGCUGACGCAUAUGAAAACGCAAAGGAGAAAGAAAAUUAGGACAAAGAUCUCCUAUCAGAAGAUGGGGAUUAAAAGGCAGGAUGUGAACAACACUCUUAGGACAGCAAAGCUACUCUGGAUCAUUCCUGCUGUGGGUUUCAGAUAAAUAGAUACAUGAUGGAUUUACUUUAGUAAAAUGUUUGAUUUGAAUUAAAACAUUUGAUAAUGAACAAACA